CCCUCAUAAGGCCCCUACACUUCCACCUCGUUAUUCUCUAUUACUCACGCCUAGCACACCUGAAACUCUUGCUUCACUGAACUCAACAUUAUGUCUUUGAGUGAUUUACCGGAUGAUAUCUUCCAUAUCAUUACGAAGAAGCUUGGAGAUGAAGACGCCACAUACCUAGGCCCGCUAAUGCUCACCAACAAACGAGGAAGGGACAUAGCGUUAUCAAAGGAGAUCCUACAGUCAGCAAACAUAACUCCUCUAACCCUGGACCCCGUCGACAUAUAUCCAGGUGGUGUUACUAGAACCUUCUUUACCCGUUGUUUGGACGUAGAAAAUCCUAAGGCAAUUUAUUAUGAAUCUUUGCGUCUGAUAACACGAGAGGGUGAUAUCCACGGGUCCCUUGCUUUGCUAAACCAACUUGUUCCUACUUAUGACCAUGCCACUCUCACGUAUGCAAUGUUUCAAAUGUGUGCUGGGAGGGGAGAUAUUGCUGGGGCAACAUUCGACCAAAUUUUUGAAGAUUUAGGUACUCGUCUUUGGUUCGAUAAUUACUCUCCCGAUUUGGAAGAUGAGUGUGAAGUUUUGAUUGAGACACUAUUAUCAUUUGACCCCCCUGGUGAAGAUACCUUUGGACCAAUUUGGGAGUUUGCUUAUUCUAAGAAGAUAAGCAUACCUGAUUGUGCUUAUUGGCAUGGGCACGAUUAUUAUUGCGAAGGAUGUUACAUCUACAAUGCAGCAUUACGUAUAUGUGAACUUCUCUAGAGUUUCAUGUAUUCAAGAAACCUUGUAAUGUUAA